CUACACAAGCUGGAAUAUAUGGAGAAUACAAGCAGCAACAAUGCCAAUGACGGAGAAGAUGUAACGGCAUUCUUCCCCUCCCUUGAGUCUCUUAGUAUUAAUGAUCUUACAAGUAUGAAAGGAUGGUGGAGGGAGGAGGAUGAUGAUGAGCGUAUCUUGAGGAGUAGCUUCACAUUUUCCCGUCUUUCCAAAUUGGAAAUCAGUUAUUGCCCUAAGUUAACUUCGUUUCCUUCCUGUGGAAGCCUCGAAGAUUUGGGCUUGAAUGAGGUUGACUGUUUUGGAAAUUCACAAGGUGACGUCAUAUUAAGGGAGCUGCUUAUAGAUGACGUGGGUCUUCCCAACUUAAUAAACUCUCCAGUCAAUAAACUCAACAUAUGCGGGAAUAAGGUGGAGAGUUUAUCAGAAUAUGGGGAUGUAUUCCGGAAAUACAAAUACGCUUCUUACAUAAGAAGCCUUCAAAUUUUUAGUUGCUCAAAUUUGAGGAGACUUGGAAGAGGGGGGUUGGAGCAUCUCACUGCCUUGGAGUCAUUAGUGUUUGCAUUCAAUGAUCAACUUAGCUUCUCUGAAGACGAGGUCGAUGACGAUGGCAUGCCAUGGAAAUCCCUUCAACACUGUCUCCGUUCCCUGUAUAUUCGUGAUUGCAAGGCCAUAAAGUCACUCCCUGAAUCAAUCCGGAACCUCACCUCCCUUCAGAAACUUCAGAUAAUUCAUGGAUGUCCAGAACUAGAAGAAAGAUGCGAAGAACCAGAUGGGGAAGACUGGCCCAAGAUUCAACACAUCCCCAACAUAAUAAUAUAUCGAUAGUGUCAAUCUGAGUAAUAUAUAGCUCUGAUCAUCGGGGUCCUCAACCUUCAGGUACUUGUUCAUAGGAUGAACUUGAUGUGGAGGAGUCAACCAAUUCUCAAGUCUCUCUGACUAUUACAAACCAACGGCAAGCGCCCAUUUCAUCUGUGGGAUGUUGAUUAAGAUUUACGAUGUAGCUACGGUCGGUCUUCUGGAAGCUGCAUAGAAGGUUGCUGCUGUGAAGAUUCAACGUGGAAGACUGCAAGACUUGUUUUGAGAGACUGAAUUUGAAAAACUAUCUUUCAAGGACUUGGGAUCAUGUAAAUACUUCAUAGUCUGCGCCUCUGCUGUGCAUGUUGAUUUUAAAUAAUGUAUUCUGAAAGAAAAAUAUACAGAUGACUCUUUUAGACAUAUAAGCACGGCAAUGUAGCAUAAAGUAUCGUUUGUACCUCAAUUUUCUCCUUAACAGAGUAGAGUAUCAUUGAAUGAAAAACUGUGAGUUUAUAUAAUAGUGAGAUUAUUUCCUAAAA